AAAACAUUUGAGAUCUUUUUUUAAUUCUUAAUUUAUUUAGUUGAGCUGGUGAAUUUGGUUUACUAAAACGAUGAGUUUCGUCUUCCGAGGAACUAGAUCAGAUAUAGAGAGUGGAUUUCCGGCGAUUAUUCCAGAGAGGCGGACUGUGCGUAUCAAUGCAGGAAGUCCGGUCAAUUCCAACUCUCUUGCGUUUCUUGUUACAGUCCUUCUGCUAUUCAUGAUUUUGAAUUCGCAACAGAUGUCACCUAAUUUUCUGCUUUGGCUGGUUGUUGGUGUGUUUUUUAUGGUAACGACAUUAAGAAUGUAUGCUACCUGUCAACAACUUCAAGCUCGGGCACAAGCCCAUGCCACAGCAGCGAGAGCACUUUUGGGCCAUACUGAACUACGGUUGCAUAUGCCGCCGUCAAUUGCAAUUACAACCGGAGGGCGUCUACAAGGUUUUAGAUUGCAGCUUGCUCUUCUUGAGCGAGAAUUCGAUGAUCUUGAUUAUGAAACCCUUAGAGCCCUUGAUUCUGACAAUUUCCCCAGCGCUGCUUCAAUGAGUGAAGAAGAGAUAAACGCCCUGCCUGUUUUCAAGUACAAGGCCUCUGCCCCUCAAAGAAACGACUCUUCGAUUCAACAAGCGUCGUCUUCCAACUCACCUCAGAAGAGGCAGGAUUCUGUCAAUCUAAUUAGCAUCAAGAAGGGUUCCGAAGAUGAAUUGACCUGCAGUGUUUGCUUGGAGCAAGUAAACGUGGGCGAUCUUAUCCGCAGUUUACCCUGUUUGCAUCAGUUUCAUGCUAACUGUAUCGACCCGUGGUUGCGACAACAAGGUACGUGUCCCAUUUGUAAAUUUCGAGCUGGAUCUGUAUGGCAGGAAAACGGUGGAAUAGACGCUUCCUACAUGGCUUAAUUACUCUUUGAGAACAUCUGCCUGUUCAUCAAUGUAUCUAACAUACAUGCAUACAUGCACAUAUAUAUAAACUUAUUUGC